AUGACAAUAGAUUCAAGUAAAAUAUCAAGUUCAAUUACACCAUUUGCAAUGAUUGAUAAACACAGUGCUCUUCCACAAGAACAAGAAAUUCUUUUUACAGUGCAUACUGUUUUUCGUAUCGUUGAAAUUACACAGACGCCUAAGAAUAGUCGACUUUGGGAAGUACAAUUGACUAUUACUGGUGACGAAGAUCCACAACUUUCUGGUCUUACUAAUCUCAUCAAAGAGGAGAUCGACGGUAGAGGAUGGUAUCGAAUGGGUCAAUUAAUGCUCCAGGUGGGUCAUUUCAAUCAAGCUGAGGAACUCUACAAUGAAUUACUCGUGAAUGCUUCCACUGAUAGUGAUAGAGCUAAUAUUUAUAAUCUUCUAGGAUGGGUCAAAAGAGACCAAGGGCAAUACAAGGAAGCAGUUUCGUUUUUAGAAAAAGCUCUCAAGAUUGACGAGGAAACUCUAUCAGAAAAUGAUCUCUCGUUAGCUACGUCUUAUAACAAUAUCGCGAUGGGAUAUGACGACAUGGGGGAUUACUCGAAAGCACUUGAAUAUUACGAAAAAGCAAAUAAAAUCUUAGAAAUAUCUCUGCCUCCGACUCAUCCCCAUUUGGCUAUUUCAUACGACAACAUCGGUGGAGUGUAUAACAACAUGGGUGAAUACCCGAAAGCACUUGAAUAUUAUCAAAAAGCAAACAAAAUAUUUCAAAUAUCUCUGCCUCCGACUCAUCCCGAUUUGGCUAUUUCAUACUGGAGUAUUGGCGAUAUCUACAACAAAACUGGUGAAUAUUCAAAAGCACUUUCACUUCUAGAAAAAGCACUUGGUAUCUUUCGAAAAUCACUUCCUUCAACACAUCCAGAUAUUAAGAGUGUAAUGAAUAGUAUAGAAGAAGUGAAAGAGAAGUUGUAA